AUGCAUGCCAACGACGGUACCUUGGCCGAGAACUGGAUUUUUGAACGUGGCGGCUGGAAGUUGGUCCGCGUCAACAAGGCCUUCGGGUACAUGCUUGGUACAACCCAAGCCGACCAAAAGGUGUCCCGCGUCCUGAGUGGCUGGAAGCCCAAGGACGGGCGGCUACCAACGCUAGCCGCUCUGGACACGCCAGUCUUGGUCCGCGCUCGCAAGAUGCAGCAGCUUCUUUUUUUCAGCACGAUAGCGUUCGCUGACGGUGCCUUGAACCUCGACGACGACGUUGCUGAUGCCCUUACGGCUACCCUGUUCAUGCAUUACCCCGAAAUGUUAGUGCUCUGCCCAAGCCGCCCGCUUAUCACGAAGAUACGUGAGCUCCUAGCACAACGAGCCAUCGGUGAGUCCGAGCUGCUGGUGUGGAGCGUGACGAUUAACCAGGCAUUCGUGGCACCUCCUGCAUCAGAGGCUUCGGCUAGUGCUGGUGAGGAGCAGUCGCCUGCGUUGAUUGACCUCAUCAAGCGUCAGUCCGAUCAGAUCGACGUCUUAAUACUGCAGAAUAAACGACUCGACGAGCGCAUAUUAGCUGUUGAAGCACACCUGCAAGCACUUACCAACACAGCCGCAACUCGAUCAGCCAACACCGACACCACACUUCCUGCUCCCGAGCAACCACCGCCAAUAGGAGCUACGACGACACGCCCGAAGAAGAAGGGAGCCCAGUCGUUGUCGACAAUCUGGUUCGAGUGGUUUACAGCGGAGCCUCGUGCGCACAUCGCAGGGUACCUUAUGCUCUUCUUACCUGAAGAUUUCGCGCUUGACACUUCGUCGCCUGCAUACAAAAGCGAGGUCCUGGAGCUUGGUGAUAAAGCGCAGCAGAACGCACUCACCUUCUUGAAAUCGCACGGCUCCUCCGCGGUUGCAGCGGGUUCGGCGUUGAAGGCUCUUCGUCAGAUGCAGAAGCUUGGUAAGCUCGACGCGUUCAUCGCCCAAUUCCAUGAACGCGUUGACCAAGGUGUCAUUUUCUCGGCCACCAUCAAUCUGCGCAAGACCAGCCAGCCGGCAGUGUCGCUGCAGCCGCACUCACUGGUCCUGUUGUUGCUGCUGAUGCUGGCCUCACCGGCCAUCACCCCGCGCGAGGCCAUGCCGCAGCACGAGUCACCCGUGUAA